AUGGGCAGCCUAGUGCUGGAGGAUGGGACGGUCUUGCGUGGGCGUCCCUUUGGACUCGUGGGGACUCCAGUUGCGGGUGAAGUCGUGUUCCAGACUGGCAUGGUGGGUUAUCCUGAAGCACUGACAGAUCCCUCCUAUAAAUCCCAGAUCUUGGUACUGACUUACCCACUGAUCGGGAAUUACGGUGUUCCUCCAGAUGAGUUGGAUGAGUAUGGUCUCAACCGGUGGUUUGAAUCUAGUGGCAUUCAUGUAGCCUCACUGAUUGUGGAUGAAUGCUCUCGAAAUCCCAGCCACUGGAGUGCUACACGCUCACUGGAUCAUUGGCUGAAGGAAAAGGGGAUUCCUGGUUUGGAAGGAAUUGACACACGAGCACUAACCAAGCGGAUCCGGGAAAAAGGGAGUAUGCUGGGCAAACUGGUACCAGACGGCAUCCAUAGUUCACCCCAGCCAUUUGACGAUCCAAACACACGGAACCUGGUGAAGGAGGUUUCACUGAAAGAACCCCACUUGUUCAAUCCUAAUGGGUCUGUGAGAAUCACAGCAAUUGAUUGUGGCCUGAAAUACAACCAGAUCCGGUGCCUGUGCGCUCGUGGGGCAGCUGUUACUGUGGUGCCCUGGGACCAUCAUCUGGAUAGUACAGAAUUUGAUGGGUUGUUUGUUAGCAAUGGUCCUGGAGAUCCACAAUUCUGCCAAGAAACUAUUUCCAAUCUGCACCGUGUGCUGGAAUUGCCAACUCCAAAGCCUGUCUUUGGCAUCUGCUUGGGUCAUCAGCUGUUGGCUUUGGCCAUUGGAGCUAAGACCUAUAAAAUGAAAUACGGAAACCGUGGACACAACCAGCCUUGCCUGCAUGAGGGAUCCCAGCGCUGCUUUAUCACAUCACAGAACCAUGGCUUUGCAGUAGAUCCAGCUAGCUUGCCAUCUGGCUGGAGUCCUCUCUUUACCAAUGCAAACGAUCACUCUAACGAGGGACUUGUGCAUGAGUCAAAGCCAUUUUUCAGUGUGCAGUUCCACCCAGAGCACAAUGCAGGGCCGAUGGAUCUUGAAUGUCUUUUUGAUGUCUUCUUGGAGACAGUGCAGGACACUGUCGGUGGAGGGCAGGGCCCUAAGACAGUGUAUAAACGCCUGCAGGACUGCCUGCACAAUUCAAAAGUCCUGCCUGCCAGCAACCUGCCCCGCCCUCACAAGGUGCUCAUCCUGGGCUCAGGGGGCCUUUCUAUAGGGCAGGCAGGUGAGUUUGACUACUCUGGCUCCCAGGCCAUCAAAGCUCUGAGAGAAGAGAACAUCCAGACGGUGCUCAUCAACGCAAAUAUUGCCACCGUUCAGACCUCCAAAGGCUUGGCUGACAAGGUCUACUUCUUGCCCAUUACUCCUGACUAUGUUACCCAGGUGAUAAAGAAUGAGCGCCCAGAUGGAAUCUUGCUGACAUUCGGAGGACAGACAGCACUCAACUGUGGCGUGGAGCUAACUAAGGCUGGGGUGCUGGAGCGCUACAAUGUGCGUGUGCUGGGCACUCCCGUGGCUUCUAUUGAGAUGACAGAGGACCGCAAAGUCUUUGUGGAGAAGAUGGAGGAGAUAGGGGAACAUGUGGCACCUAGUGAGGCUGCCUGCUCCAUUGAACAAGCACAGGUUGCUGCAGAACGACUUGGCUACCCAGUGCUUGUGCGCUCAGCCUAUGCAUUGGGCGGGCUGGGCUCUGGGUUUGCCAAUGGGCGGGAGGAGCUGAUGGCACUGGUGAGCCAGGCCUUUUCCCACACCUCACAGGUGCUGGUGGACAAGUCACUCAAGGGCUGGAAGGAGAUUGAGUAUGAGGUGGUGCGUGAUGCCUAUGACAACUGUGUCACGGUAUGCAAUAUGGAGAAUCUGGAUCCGUUGGGCAUCCACACUGGUGAAUCUAUAGUGGUUGCCCCCAGCCAGACACUCAACAACAAGGAAUACAAUCUCUUGCGCACUACAGCCAUCAAAGUGGUUCGUCACCUCGGGAUCAUUGGAGAAUGUAAUGUUCAGUAUGCACUGAAUCCUGAGUCUGAGCAGUACUACAUCAUAGAGGUGAAUGCUCGGCUCUCACGGAGUUCAGCUCUGGCAAGCAAGGCUACUGGCUACCCCUUGGCCUAUGUUGCUGCUAAGUUGGCUUUGGGCAUCCCAUUGCCUAUCCUCAGGAACUCAGUCACUAAUUCCACCACAGCCUGCUUUGAACCUAGCCUCGAUUAUUGUGUAGUCAAGAUUCCACGCUGGGACCUCAGCAAGUUCCUGCGUGUGAGCACUAAAAUUGGCAGUUCCAUGAAGAGUGUGGGUGAGGUCAUGGCCAUUGGAAGGAGUUUUGAGGAGGCAUUUCAGAAGGCACUUCGCAUGGUGGAUGAGAAUUGUGUGGGCUUUGAUCCCACAGUAAAACCAGUCUCUGACAUGGAGCUGGAGACUCCCACCGACAAGCGGAUCUUUGUGUUAGCAGCUGCACUGCGGGCCGGCUAUUCCAUUGAGCGUCUCUAUGAGCUCACCAAGAUUGAUCGCUGGUUCCUGCACAAGAUGAAAAAUAUAGCUGAUCAUGCACUGUGCCUGGAAUCAUAUCGCCAGGCAGAGCCAGGGUCCAUGCCACCUCAUGUCCUGAAGCUGGCCAAGCAGUUGGGCUUCUCAGAUAAGCAGGUGGCUCAGGCUGUGCUCAGCACGGAACUGGCAGUGAGGAAGAUGCGCCAUGACUUGAAGAUUUUACCAGUAGUGAAACAGAUUGACACAGUGGCCGCAGAAUGGCCAGCCCAGACCAAUUAUCUGUAUCUCAGCUACAAUGGCACUGAGCAUGACCUGUCUUUCCAUGAGCCACACGUCAUGGUCAUCGGUUCUGGUGUCUACCGUAUUGGCAGCAGUGUGGAAUUUGACUGGUGUGCCGUUGGGUGCAUCCAGGAGCUGCGCAAGAUGGGCUACAAAACCAUCAUGGUGAACUACAACCCUGAGACAGUAAGCACAGACUACGACAUGUGUGACCGGCUCUAUUUUGAUGAAAUGUCCUUUGAGGUGGUGAUGGAUAUUUAUGAGCUGGAGAACCCUGAGGGUGUAAUUCUGUCCAUGGGGGGGCAGCUUCCCAAUAAUAUUGCCAUGGCCUUACAUCGGCAGCAGUGCCGGAUCCUAGGCACUUCCCCUGAAGACAUUGACUCUGCUGAGAACCGCUUCAAGUUCUCCCGUCUUCUGGAUACCAUCAACAUCAGCCAGCCCCUCUGGAAGGAGCUCUCAGACAUGGAGUCAGCCAAGCAGUUCUGCUGCAAGGUGGGAUACCCUUGCGUGGUGCGUCCUUCCUACGUGCUUAGCGGUGCGGCCAUGAACGUGGCUUACACAGAUAACGACCUGGAGAGGUUCCUUAGCAAUGCUGUUGCUGUUUCCAAGGAGCAGCCUGUGGUCAUCUCCAAGUUCAUCCAAGAGGCCAAGGAGAUAGAUGUCGAUGCUGUGGCCUGUGAUGGACAAGUGGUGGCCAUUGCCAUUUCUGAGCAUGUGGAGAACGCUGGUGUACAUUCAGGGGAUGCCACACUAGUGACACCCCCACAGGACAUUACACCCAAGACGCUGGAGCGGAUUAAGGCGAUUGUGCAUGCCAUUGGACAGGAACUGCAGGUCACAGGACCCUUCAACCUCCAACUCAUUGCCAAGCAUGACCAGCUGAAGGUGAUUGAAUGCAAUGUGCGAGUAUCUCGAUCCUUUCCGUUUGUCUCCAAAACGCUGGGCGUUGACCUGGUAGCUUUGGCCACGCAAGUGAUUAUGGGAGAAGAGGUGGAAUCCGUUGGACUCAUGACAGGCACAGGCAUUGUUGGUGUCAAGGUGCCCCAGUUUUCAUUCUCACGACUGGCAGGUGCUGAUGUGGUGCUGGGGGUAGAGAUGACCAGCACAGGUGAGGUGGCCUGCUUUGGGGAGAAUCGUUGUGAAGCCUACCUCAAAGCCAUGCUGAGCACUGGCUUCAAGAUUCCCAAGAAGAACAUUCUGCUGACUAUUGGGAGUUACAAGAACAAGAGUGAGUUGCUGUCCACAGUACGUACCCUCGAAGGCUUGGGCUAUAAUCUCUAUGCCAGUCUGGGCACUGCUGAUUUUUAUACAGAGCAUGGCAUUAAGGUGAUGGCUGUGGAUUGGCAUUUUGAAGAGGCAGAUGGCAAUGAAAUGCCAUGCAAGGAGAACCAACAGCGCAGCAUUUUGGAUUAUUUGGCUGAAAAUCACUUUGAUUUAGUGAUCAAUUUGUCGAUACGCAACUCUGGUGGGAGGAGGCUCUCUUCAUUUGUCACUAAGGGCUACCGAACACGACGGCUGGCAGUUGACUACUCAGUGCCCCUCAUCAUAGACAUCAAGUGCACCAAGCUUUUUGUUGAGGCUCUUGGGCAAAUUGGAGGGCCCCCUCCGUUGAAGAUGCAUGUGGACUGUAUGACCUCACAGAAACUCAUCCGCUUGCCAGGUCUAAUAGAUAUCCAUGUGCACUUGAGAGAACCAGGAGCCACCCAUAAAGAAGACUUCAAAUCUGGUACAGCUGCUGCUCUAGCUGGUGGCAUCACAAUGGUUUGUGCCAUGCCAAACACCUCACCUGCUGUCACUGAUGCCAGUUCUUUUGCCCUAAUGCAGAAGUUGGCUGAGGCUGGAGCCCGCUGUGAUUUUGCACUGUAUGUUGGCGCCUCAUCUGAGAAUGCUGGCUCUCUGGGGCCAGUGGCUGGAGCUGCCGCUGGUCUAAAGAUGUACCUGAAUGACACUUUCUCUGACCUCAAGAUGGACAAUGUUUCUCUCUGGAUGGAGCACUUCGAAAAGUGGCCCAAGCACCUUCCAAUUGUAGCACAUGCUGAGAAACAGACGGUGGCAGCCAUUUUGAUGGUGGCACAGCUAUACCAGCGUCCUGUCCACAUCUGCCAUGUGGCCCGCAAGGAAGAGAUCCUGGUCAUCAAAGCAGCAAAGCAGAAGGGCAUUGAGGUGACCUGUGAGGUGGCUCCCCAUCACCUCUUUCUCUGCCAGGAAGAUCUGAGGCGUAUUGGGGAAGGCCGGGGUCAGGUGCGCCCCAUGUUGGGCACCCGCGAAGACAUGGAAUCCCUUUGGGACAACCUGGACACCAUUGACUGCUUUGCUACGGACCAUGCUCCACACACAUUGGAGGAGAAGCUUGGGAAGGACCCUCCCCCAGGCUUCCCAGGUCUGGAGACUAUGCUGCCUCUGUUGCUUACAGCAGUUUCUGAAGGGCGCCUCACUGUGGAAGAUAUUGUCAAGCGCCUGUAUGAUAAUCCUCGGCGCAUAUUUGGACUGCCUGUGCAGGAAGACACAUACAUUGAGGUGGAUCUGGAGCAGGAGUGGCUGGUGCCAACCCAUACAGCCUUCAGCAAAUCCCAGUGGACACCUUUUGAAGGGAUGCGAGUGAAGGGGACUGUACGCCGUGUUAUUCUCCGUGGAGAAGUGGCUUAUAUUGAUGGACAGGUUCUCGUAUCCCCAGGUUACGGGCAGGAUGUGCGAAAGUGGCCAUGCUCAACACCUGAGCGUCCUCAUGCCACUGUGCAAACAGAGAUCUUUCGUGGCCGUGCAUCUAGUCCUCGGCGAGCUGCUCCAGUGGGAGAUGCACGAUUCUACUUGGCCCCCCGCAUCCAUCGUGCUUCAGAUCCUGGGCUGCCAGCUGAUGAACUCAGAGAAAGAGCUAUCAAAAAAGCACCUGAGCCAGACCUGUCCAUGGUCCAGGAUGGCCCAUUAUACCUUGCUGGCCCAUUACCCAGACAGGCAUCUCCUCAGAGUUUGCCACAUCCUCAAACCUCACCAUUACUCCAUCCUCUUGUGGGGCAACAUAUACUGUCAGUCAAACAGUUCACAAAGGGCCAGAUGUCUCACUUGUUUAACGUCGCACACAAUCUGCGCAUGAUGGUGCAAAAAGAGCGCAGUCUUGACAUCCUCAAGGGGAAGGUGAUGGCCUCCAUGUUUUACGAGGCAAGCACACGGACCAGCAGCUCCUUUUCUGCAGCCAUGUACCGUCUGGGUGGCUCUGUGCUCCCCUUUUCUGAGGCCACCUCAUCCUGCCAAAAGGGAGAAUCUCUGGCAGACUCGGUUCAGACCAUGAGCUGCUACGCUGACGUCGUUGUUCUAAGGCACCCCCAGCCAGGUGCAGUGGAGCUGGCUGCCAAACAUUGCCGCAAACCUGUGAUCAAUGCAGGUGAUGGAGUUGGAGAACACCCCACUCAAGGUCUGCUGGACAUCUUCACCAUCCGUGAAGAGUUGGGCACUGUCAAUGGCAUGACGAUCACCAUGGUGGGAGACCUGAAGCAUGGGCGCACAGUCCACUCUCUCGCCCGCCUUCUGACCUUGUACCGUGUCAGCUUGCGUUAUGUCACUCCACCCAACCUGCGCAUGCCCUCUGAUAUCUUUGACUUCGUAGCCUCCAAGGGAAUCAAACAGGAAGAGUUUGAGAACAUUGAAGAGGCUCUACCAGACACAGAUGUUCUUUACAUGACUCGCAUCCAGAAGGAGCGCUUUGCUUCGGUCCAGGAAUAUGAGAUGUGUUUUGGGCAGUUUAUCUUGACGCCGCAUAUCAUGACCCGGGCCAAGAAGAAGAUGGUGGUGAUGCAUCCAAUGCCCCGUGUCAAUGAAAUCAGUGUGGAGGUGGACUCGGAUCCCCGUGCAGCCUACUUCCGGCAAGCAGAGAACGGCAUGUAUAUCCGCAUGGCACUCUUGGCCACUGUGCUUGGUCGGUACUGAUCCUUGUCUAUUGCAGCCCAGACUGGACAUGAAGAGGGAUUAAAUUUUGGUCCCUCACUCAGCUGUCUCACCUCAUCUGCAAGUUGAUACUAUUUGACUGGGUUUAUGCUCACUUUGUGCUACCAAAGACCAAAUAAUACUCUUGGUGAGGCAGGCUUUCUGCCAGGGACAUCAGGAGUGACAGAGCAAAAAGCAGGAGCUCAGGAAAGGUAGCUUACUUCUUUCUCUCUCUUUAGUUCUUGUCUUCCGCAGUCCUGUUUCUGGAAUUUGUACUAGGGAGAUACUUUGUCUGAUACAAUUUCUUAUUCUCUAGUU